CCCGCAGGUCGCAGCUUCCGCUCUCUUGUCGCCCACACAGGCGAUCCCUUGUUGACCAACGCAUCACCCGCAGAAAAAAUACCCUCGAGUCAACAACCUGCAUCAUCUCUCGCAUCAUCACACUCCGGAUUGAUUCCAUAUCUGAAAAAGCCAUCACCUCACCUGGGCGGGGCGGGGCAGACGAGACCAGCAUUUUGCAUUGCAAUUAGGUGCAUUUUCUUUUGAGGUUUCUUUUGCUCAACAAAGCAGGCAAGGCAGCGCCGCUAGCAUCAGUGGCUUGUCCCAACAUUCCACGGCUAAAACAAUCCGACACAACCAACUGCCAUCCACACCAUGGCAUCUUACCAAUACCGCAACUCGACCUACAUACACGAGAGAGCAGACAGCAACGCCUCGCGGAGGCCCGACUCGCAACGGCGAGACACUCGCGGCACCAGGUCCAGUGACGGGACCGUCAGCACAAUGAUGAGCGCCUCUACCGGCCGGGAAUCCUCGGGCACCGCCAUGACCGAAGGGCCAGCGUACUCCAAGAAGAUUGUUGUGGUCGGCGACGGCGGUUGCGGCAAGACCUGUUUGCUUAUCAGCUACAGCCAAGGAUACUUCCCAGAGAAAUAUGUACCUACCGUCUUCGAAAACUACAUCACCUACCCAACACACCCUCCCACCGGCAAGACCGUGGAACUUGCGCUCUGGGAUACCGCCGGGCAAGAGGAGUACGACCGACUACGCCCGCUCUCCUACCCCGAAACCGACCUCAUUUUUGUGUGCUUCGCCAUCGACUGCCCGAACUCGCUCGAGAACGUAAUGGACAAGUGGUACCCUGAAGUCCUGCACUUUUGCCCCUAUACCCCUCUCAUCCUAGUCGGGCUCAAGUCCGAUCUCCGCCACAAAAAGACGUGCAUCGACAUGCUCAAGACGCAGGGUCUUACGCCGGUGACGGCGGAGCAGGGGCUAGCAGUCGCCAAGAAGAUGGGCGCUCAGUACAUGGAAUGCAGCAGCAAGGAGAUGAAGGGCGUCGAGGAGAUCUUCGAGCGCGCCAUCUUGACAGUCGUGGCCAACGACCGCAAGAUACUCGAGGCUGAGGCUACUGCCAACGGCGGACCCAUGUCUCCGACAGCUAGUGGACUCGGGAGAAAGGGGAGUACCACUAUCAACGGGUUCGGCGGUGGGAGUAAGAGCAGUGGCGGUGGGAUAACGUUUGGGAGCGACGGCGUGCAAAUUCCGGUUGUUAAGAAGAAGAAGAGAAAGUGCGCGCUGGUGUAAGGAGGUGGAGGCGUCCGGGAAGAGGAGGAAGCAGGUAGAGAUGGCUCCAGGGGAAGAGGAGUGCUGACGACCUUUACUAACUGCAUGCAUGAUGCCGACACGACAUGCGCUGUUGUUGAUUUCUU